CAAUCUUCAACUUGCAUACGCAGAAAAAAAGAAGAAGAGAGAGUGAAUAAUAUUAUCGUGCACUGUCCUUAAUUCGAAGCUCCUCGUAGAUCUUUGUUCCAAGUCUCUCAUUUUUCACCCAAUCUUCAGUGGGAUUGAAUCAAUUUACGGCUUAAAGAUUGCAACUUUUUAACCCUUAGAGGAGCUUGAGGUCUAAUUUCAUGGAUUUCAAAAAGAAACAGAAACUUGAAGCUGCAAGUGGAACCUUGAUUUCGAAAAGAUCAUCUUGAUGUCUGAUUAUGUCUCUGAUACAACAAUGGAUAUGAGCAGAAAGACUAUAGUUUGGUUUAGGAGAGACUUAAGAAUUGAAGAUAACCCAGCAUUAGCCAUUGCUGCACAUGAGGGAUCUAUAUUGCCUGUGUUCAUAUGGUGUCCUGAAGAAGAAGGACAGUUUUUACCAGGAAGGGCUUCAAGAUGGUGGCUUAAACAGUCACUUACUCAUUUAAGACAAUCCUUGAAAGCACUUGGAGCUGAGCUCACUCUCAUCAAAACCCAUAGCACCGUUUCCGCAAUCUUGGAUUGUUUACGAGCCACAGGUGCUACGAAACUCGUCUUCAAUCAUCUUUACGAUCCAGUUUCGCUUGUUCGAGACCAUACCGUUAAGGAGAAACUUGUGGAGAUUGGGAUUACUGUGCAAAGCUAUAAUGGAGAUUUGUUGUACGAGCCAUGGGAGAUUUACAGCGAGAAAGGCCAGCCUUUUACAAGCUUUAGUGUCUACUGGAAGAAAUGUUUAGACUUGUCUAUUGAAUCUGUUUCACUUCCUCCUCCUUGGCGACUGAUUCCAACAACUUCAGUAACAGCGACUUUAAUGGUGGGGACAUGUUCAAUCGAUGAGCUCGGGUUAGAAAACGAAGCAGAGAAACCAAGCAACGCGUUGUUAACCAAGGCUUGGUCACCUGGUUGGAGCAAUGCUGAUAGGAUACUAAGCGAGUUCAUCGAGAAGCAUCUCAUAGAUUACUCCAAAAACAACAAGAAAGUUGCAGGAAACACAACCUCUCUGCUUUCUCCGUAUCUUCACUCGGGGGAAAUAAGCGUGAGACGUGUUUUCCAAUGCGUUCGGAUGAAACAAAUCGUUUGGGCAAGAGACAAAAAUCUCACCGGAGAAGAAAGCGCAAAGCUUUAUCUAAGAUCACUAGGGCUAAGAGAAUACUCACGCUACAUCUGUUUCAACUUCCCGUUCACUCACGAGCGUUCUUUAUUAAGCCAUCUUCGUUUCUUCCCUUGGGACUCUGAUGUCGACAAGUUCAAGGCGUGGAGACAAGGAAGGACAGGUUAUCCGUUGGUUGAUGCAGGAAUGAGAGAGCUUUGGGCUACAGGAUGGAUACAUAACCGAAUAAGAGUGAUUGUUUCGAGCUUCGCGGUGAAGUUUCUUCUUCUUCCAUGGAAAUGGGGUAUGAAGUAUUUCUGGGACACUUUGAUGGAUGCAGAUUUGGAAUGUGACAUUCUUGGUUGGCAGUAUAUCUCCGGUAGCUUGCCUGAUGGCCACGAGCUCGACCGGUUAGAUAAUCCCGAGUUACAGGGAGCCAAAUAUGACCCGGAAGGAGAUUACGUGAGACAGUGGAUCCCUGAGCUAGCGAGGCUACCAAAGGAAUGGAUUCAUCAUCCGUGGGAUGCUCCUGUGUAUGUGCUUAGAGCCUCAGGUGUUGAGCUAGGUAGUAACUAUGCUAAACCCAUUGUAGACUUAGACACAGCUCGGGAACUUCUUGCUAAGGCGAUAUUGAGAACGCGGGAAGCUCAGAGAGUGGUCGGGGUUGCACCUGACGAGAUUGUGGUGGAUAGCUCUGAAGUUUUUGGUACAGAGAACGGGAAAGAAAACGAUAUUUGCCAAACUGGCCGCUGUAAUGAUCAACUGGUUCCAUUAGGUGUUCAUCAGAACGGUUCCAAGAGAUCGAAAGCCGAGUCUUCUUCUUCUUCUUCUUCGGCUGCGGUUAAAAGACAGAACAGGAGCACGAGCUUUUACUCGGUACGAGAACCACAAAACCAAUCUUGUUCGUUAAGGUGUGAAGGGAAGAAUUUGCAAGAUAUUCAAGACUCUUCUUCUGAUAGAAUUACAAGCUCAACAAAAGAUGUUUAAUUGGAAAGAGAACUCAUAUUAAUAUAUCUUUGCAACUCUGUUUAUUGUUUCA